UAGAGUGAACAAUAAUAUCAAUAGUAUUGUCGUGGGUUUUCGCCGGAUAAUCUACGUGUGGUAGAUAAUCGGUGUUAGUUUAUGAAAUAAGUAAAUUAGUGAGUGAAAAUUUGAAAACAUACCGUAAAAAUGUGGCCCUACCUUCCACUGUUGCUGGUCUCCACAGCAUCAGCGCUAGUGACACGAGAGCCCCCGGUCCCGGCGCCGCUGGGGCGGGACCUGGUCGAGGAGAUGUGGGUGGAUGUGAGGUUGGACCACUUCCAUGCCAGCAACGUGGACACGUUUCCUAUGCGUUUCUACUACAACCCCGAGUUUGCUACCACCGGUGACCACAUCCUGAUCUAUGUCGGAGGCGAGUGGAGCAUCAGCCCGGGCUGGCUGCGCGCCGGUCUCAUGUACGAGGCGGCGGCGGAUGCGGGCGCGUCCAUGUUUUAUACGGAGCACCGGUACUACGGGAAGACUAGGCCUACUGAAGACACGAGCGUCUCCAACCUGCGCUACCUGACGGCGGACCAGGCGCUGGCGGACCUCGCGCAGUUCAUCACGCACGUGAAGAGUGAGCAGUUUGAGGACGGGAAAUAUCGCAACGCGUCGGUGGGCCUGGUGGGGUGUUCCUACGCGGGCUCGCUGGCCACGUGGUCCCGCCGCGCCGCGCCGCACCUGGUGGAUGUGGCCUUCAGCGACAGCGGGCCGGUGCGCGCUCAGGAGGACUUCCCGGAGUACCUAGAGGUGAUAUCCUCAGCACUGGAGACCCAGGGCGGCGCGGCCUGCGUGGCGAGCGUGCGAGCGGGUAUGGAGGGGUUGGUGGCGCUUCUGGAGACCAGCAACGGGCCUCAACGGGUGUCGGAGAUGUUCAACACGUGCGCCCCGCUCACCCCCUCGCCCCUGGACCUGGCCACGUUCUUCUGGUUCGGGGUCACGGAGACCUUCGCCUAUCUCGUGCAGUACGCCACUCCGGGAGACAUCGAGCAGGCUUGUGCGAAGCUGACGGAUGCUAGUGUCGCAGACCCAACUCUCCGGCUGGCGUCCUGGGUGACUUCUCAGAGCAACGCGCAGCCCUGCAUCGAGGCGCGCUACGCCGAGGUGGUGGCGUCGCACACCAACACCAGCUACGAUGCCGAGGAUAGCGUCAUGCGCCUGUGGACCUAUCAGCUCUGCGUGGACUACGGCUGGUGGCAGACGACGAGCAGCUCCGCGCAGCCGUUCCUCUCCGCCGUGCCCAUCGAGUACUUCCACCAGAUGUGCCAGGACUUCUACAGUAGCGAUUUCACUCGUGCCCGCACAACCGCCGGCAUAGCUCGCACCAACCUGCUCUUCUCGCCUUCUCUCCCCGACCGCGUGGUGUCGGUGGCGGGGACGGGCGACCCGUGGAGCCCCGCCGGCCCGUCAGCCAGGGAUGCCACCGCGCUCGCGCCGGUGUUAGUGGUGGAUGGGGUGUCGCAUUGUAGAGCUAUACGUCCGACGGGCGACAGUGAAACAGAGCAGCUAGAACAAGCGAAGAACUCCGUCAAAGAAUUCCUGAAAGCUGGCCUGAAGGGAGAACCACUUUUCAUUAUAAACAGCGCGAGUGGCGCAGGGGCUAGCCUGGCUGUAGCUGUUGUAGCUAUGUUUGUAACUUUGCUGUGGUAGAAUAUUUGUAUGUAUAAGUAAUAAAUACAUCCAGCAUA